CCCACGGGGACCUCGCUGCUUUCUUUGCAUUUUAAUAUUUUUGUUUGUUUUUAUUGGACAAAACAAGCUGUUACGGGGAUAAGCGAGUCAUAUUGGUUUACUAUUGCCUCAAUAUUUAGAAAAUAUUUCUACACACUCAGCCUUGCAACAUCAAACCGUCAAGAAGCAUACACGCACGCAACGCGUUCCUCAGCUGGCUUGUUAUGUCGAACAAACGACACUCAAUUCUACCUGCCAUUGACCGCAGUGGUCCGAAACCACCAGUAAACUUCUCAUCAUCGCUCAUUAUUUCCGAUAAUGCCAUUCUGCAAGGCACUCAUUCAAUCACCCUUCAAGCUGAGACAGUAGUUCACCCACGAUGCCGCUUUGAGUCCAAUGAUGGUAGCAUUCUCAUUGGACGGCGCUGCAUUAUACAUGAACGUGCCCACAUUGGUGCUCGAGCACAAGACAUGGCCACGGCAAAGUCUGGUGGUGUCAGCUUAGGCGAUUAUGUACAAAUUGAGGUUGGCUCAGUCAUUGAGUGCGGUGGCACCGAGAUAGGAGAGGGCAGCAUUAUCCAAGUGGGCAGCAGAAUUGGCAGCGGCGCCAAGAUUGGAAAGCAAUGUACUAUCUCCGCCCUGUCAGUAAUACCGCCAGGAGUUGUGUUACCAGACCAUACCGUCGUCUUCUCCAAUGGAGCACGCCGUAUCGACAAACGAGCGGUCUCUGAAAUUCGCAAGGUCACCAUGGUCAAACAAAUUGCUGUCUUGAAAAAUAUGAUCCCAAGCAAUCCUGAUAAGUUCAAGUGAGAGGUUGGCAUUUGGCAAAUGGUACACACGAUACUAUACUACUUUAAUGGCUAAGAGCAUCCUCAAACAAGCGGUGCAGCUGGUCCCGCUCAGUUUGCAGCUCAUUGGACAAUCCGGGCGCAAGCAUAAGGACACGCGCUUGAGGAAUUGUUCCCUCCACCAGGGCGUCAAUGUGCUCAGAGCCAAAGCCAAGGUCUUUUAAGCCCUUGGGUUGAUCACCAAGGUCAUCUAAGAAGCGAGCGAGUGCGUCCGCCAAGACUUCUCCCGCACUCUCUCUCUUCACGUUAGAAAUGUCAACACCAAACACUUCUGCCGCCUGGAGAUGGCGUUCCGGGUUCGAAGCGCCGGUGAACUUGAACACAGCAGGAGCGGACACUGCGACAGAGACACCAUGCGGGAUCAGUGCUUGCGGUACUUCGUAGCCGUUGUGUCUGUACCCGGCCGGGUUCUGGCCGGAAAUAGGAUACGACAUGCCUAGAGCUGUGUUAGAAACAAUACAAUUGCUAUUCCAAAAUAAAAGUACAUACCGUGGCACAGAUGGACACCAGCAUUACCAAAGCCUACACCAGCAAGAGUGGCGGCGAGAAGCAUCUCACUCUGGGCUUCAAAAUCGUCUGGGUUUUUGACAGCGCGUGGAAGAUAUUUAACGGUACUUCGUAGAGCAUGGAAAGAAAAGACGUCAGAGAUGGGGUUGGCCCCCUGGUACGCAGGUCUUAGAAUCGGGUUGGAUGGUCUGGGGGUUCUCUCAUAGUAUGGAAUAGCAGUCCAAGAUUCUAGCGAAUGGCACAAAACAUCGAGGCCGGAGGCCGCCAUAACUGCCGGAGGCAUGGUUCUUGUGUUGAGAGGAUCACAAAUACCGAGCGUGGGUUUCAAGUUUCUGUGCGCUACACCCGUCUUUGCACGUUUGGAAACAAGAUCAAAGAUGGCUGUUCCAGUAGUUUCGCUACCUGUGCCAGCAGUGGUGGGUACGGCAAUCAAGGGUUUCAAUGGCUUGUCGACGGGGCGGCCCUUACCCAAAGGCGCAUUGACGAAGUCAAGAAAGUCGGCAUCGGGGUAUGCAGUAUACAAGUUCAUCAACUUGGCGGUAUCCAUAACAGAACCACCGCCAACUGCGAGAAAUGCGUCGGGGUUGUAUGGGCGAGCCCAAUUGAUAGCUUCCUUAACACUGUGUACAAUAAAAAUUAGCUUGCGCAAAGAGGCCGUGGUGUAGUUCGCCAUGACUUACGAGCUGUCCUUAGGUUCAAUGCGGACGUCGGCAUACACUUGGAAGUUUACACCUUCGCGGGUCAAGCCUUCGAUAACUUGCUUCAUGGCGUCGAGUUUCUCUACAGUGCGGUCGGUGACAACAGCGACUCGUUGCGAGCCCAGGUUCUUAAAGUCCAUUCCGACCUCUUUAGUGACACCAGGGCCGAAGCGAAUAGAGGAUGCUGCCAUUUCAAAGGCGUAUUCCUUCUGUGGUUCGUUUGGUGUAGCAUAGCGACGGACGCCGGGUUGGCGGAUGCGCGGGACGAUUGAUG